UGUCUCUCUCUACACUUUGCAAUCACAUUGAAUUUGUCAGCGUCAGAGAUGACAGGAGGUUGUUUGUGGACGGUCGGACUGGUUCUCCUCGCUGUUUGUGUGAAGGUUGCAGUGUGGGCCAAUGAUGGAGACGCAGUGUUCAUCAGAGAGUUCACUCUAAUUCGACGAGACCACCUCCCUGAAGAGCCCCUUCAUGACAGCAGCCAAAAACCAGAAGACCCAAGCUCACGGACAGCCCGAUCAGAAGAGGACAGAGACACGCUGUGGGAUGCCUGGGGCUCAUGGAGUGAAUGCUCUCGUACCUGUGGAGGAGGAGCCUCGUAUUCCCUAAGACGAUGCCUCAGUUCCAAGACCUGUGAAGGGCAGAAUAUCAAAUAUCGCACAUGCAGUAAUGUGGACUGCCCUCCAGAUGCUGGCGAUUUCCGUGCCCAACAGUGCUCAGCUCACGCAGAUGUCCGAUACCAGGGUCAGUACCACGAGUGGCUACCGGUGUACAAUGACCCGGACAACCCCUGUGCUCUCAAGUGCAAAGCAAAGGGCUCAGGCCUUUUGGUGGAGCUGGCUCCAAAGGUGCUGGAUGGGACGCGCUGCUACACCGAGUCCUUGGACAUGUGCAUCAGUGGAGUCUGUCAGAUUGUUGGUUGUGAUCAUGAGUUGGGGAGCACAGCAAAAGAGGACAACUGCGGCGUCUGCAAUGGUGAUGGCUCGUCCUGCAGACUGGUGCGAGGACACUACAAAUCCCAACAUGCUUCAGGAAAAACUGAGGACACAGUUGUCGUCAUCCCCUUUAAGAGUCGUCACGUGCGUCUAGUCCUGAAAGGCCCGGAUCACUUGUACGUGGAGAGUAAGACUCUACAAGGAGUGAAAGAUGAACUAGUCUUGGAUAAAUCAGGGCAGUACCACCUGGAGAACACGACCUUGGACUUCCAGAAACUUUCCGAUAAGGAAGUCCUGAGAAUCACUGGACCUCUAGGUGCUGAUUUCACAAUCAAAGUGCAGUUUGCCAGUGGAGCAGACAGUGUGGUCCAGUACAUCUACUACCAGCCCAUCAUCCACCGCUGGAGAGAGACUGACUUCUUCCCUUGCUCUGUCACAUGUGGUGGAGGGUACCAGUUAACCUCAGCAGAGUGCUUCGACCUACGAAGUGGUCGUGUGGUUGUGGACCAGUAUUGCCAUUAUUACCCGGAAAACAUCAAGCCUAAACCUAAACUCCAGGAGUGCAACAUGGACCCCUGUCUGGCCAGUGACGGCUACAAGCAAAUUAUGCCCUAUGACCUCUACCACCCCCUGCCUCGAUGGGAGAGCAGUCCCUGGACGGCCUGCUCUACUUCCUGCGGCGGGGGUAUCCAGAGUCGCUCAGUAUCCUGUGUGGAGGAAGACAUGCAGGGAGUCAUCACCCCUACUGAGGAGUGGAAGUGUCUCUACUCCCCCAAGACAGCUAUUCUGCAGCCCUGCAACACCUUCGAUUGCCCCACCUGGCUGGCACAGGAGUGGUCACCUUGCACGGUGACCUGCGGUCAGGGUCUGCGCUACAGGGUGGUGUUAUGCAUCGAUCACAGAGGUCUCCAUGCUGGAGGUUGCAACCCCACAACCAAACCCCACAUCAAGGAGGAGUGCCUGGUGACUGUGCCCUGCUACAAGUCCAUAGAUACAUUACCUGUAGAGGCGAAACCUCUGUGGCAUAAGCAGGCCAUAGAGUUGGAAGAGGAGAUCGUUGUGACUGAGGAGCCAACCUUCAUCCCUGGUCCCUGGCAGACGUGCAGCAGGACAUGCGGUGCUGGGACCCAGCACAGGACCGUCAAGUGCCAGGUGUUGCUGUCCUUCUCUCAGACUGUGGCUGACCUGCCUGAUGACGAGUGUGAGGGGGUCAAACCUGCUGCAAGCCAGCCCUGCUACCGUACUCCCUGCUCUGAAGUGUCUGGCCAAAGAAGAGAAGACGGAGAGGAGGAGGAGGGGGAGGAGGGCAAGGCACCUCAAAAAGAGGAACUGCAUGACUGGGAGUAUGAGGGCUUUACGGAGUGCUCAGAGAGUUGCGGUGGAGGUGUGCAGGAAGCAGUGGUGAUCUGUCUAAACAAGCAGACCAGGGAAGCAGCAGAUGAGGGCCUGUGUGUGAGUUCCCGUCGACCCCCGCAACUUCUCCAGGACUGCAAAACUCAGCCCUGCCCACCCAGAUGGGAAACAGGGGAGUGGAGUUCAUGCUCUGCUUCCUGCGGGGUUGGUCUGAUAACCCGCACUGUGGCUUGCACUCAUCGGCCCUCUCGGGACAGCAACCGGACUGAAGUUUUGAGAGAUGAAGACUGUCAGAUCCCCAAGCCUAGCCCUGUCCAAGCCUGCAACCGCUUUGAUUGCCCUCCUAUGUGGGACACACGUGACUGGGGACAGUGCUCCCAUAGCUGUGGUGGUGGAGUUCAAAUGAGGCAGGUCUUGUGCAAACAGCGGUUGGCAGAUGGCAGCAUCCUGGAGCUGCCUGACACCUUUUGCCCUUCCAAGAGCCCUGCAAACCAGCAGCCCUGCGCCAAGCAGGAGUGUCCACCUCAAUGGGUCACAACUGACUGGUCCCAGUGUUCAGUAACCUGUGGACAUGGCGUACAGAGACUACAGUCAGUCUGCAAGAAACAAGAGGACGAUGGGCGACACAGGACCGUUGACCCUGAGAACUGUUUCUUUAUGGCCCUGCCCACCAGCACCCGCCCAUGCUCCCUCAGGCUCUGUGAGAACUCAAUCAAGCCUGAUCCCACCAUACUGUCGCAGAGGAAGGUUUAUAUUCAAUUGAGAAAGGGCAAAAAAGUACAGUUGGUAGUUGGAGGAUAUGCCUACCUGCUCCCCUGGACAACUAUGGUUCUUCGCUGCCCGACCCGCCACUUCCGUAAGGGCCACAUCCGAUGGUUGAAGGAAGGGAAGCCCCUGGUCAGCCUCCCGCACCUAUCUACAACAUCAAUAGGAUAUGUGAAGAUUCAGCAGGUCCGCCCAUCUGAUGCUGGGAUAUACACAUGUGUGGCAGGCCAGGCACGGGAACAUUUUGUCCUACAGAUCAUUGGCAGCAAGCAGAAGUUGCUUGUGCCAGAAGUAGCAGAGUCAUGGUUGCUCACAGGUGGACAACAGAAGAUUCGGCAGCCAGAUGUGGCCUCAACAGGAGAGAGAUUUCAAGAGCGUCCCAUCUCUGCCAACCAGUAUGACAACAUUGUUGAGCGUUUGCUUGAACUCAAAGGCUCUGUCCAAGAAGAUGUUGUUGAUAAGCCACAUUCCAGUGAAAAGAACAAGUCGACUCCAGAAGAUGAGAGAACAAGCUCAGAGCAUCCUGUCCCAGUCGUCCUAAUUGCUGAUACCCACAGGCUAGAUGAGAUCAUGCACAAUCUCUCUGAAGGCCUCGGAGGACCACGAGGGGAGCAACUCAUCACUCAGUUGCUCAGUGAGCUCACUAUGACACAAGAUGAAACCAAUGAGUCUACUCUUCACCCUCCGGAAAGUGCGGAAUCUUCUACACAAGGGCCCCCUCUUUAUAAACCCAACAUCAAAGCACACACAACCAGGCCAAGAAGCCCGGUGAUAAUCCAACGGCCCAGAAAGGUUGGAGUAGUGACAUCAUCUGAAAUCAUAGUUCAUGUGGGAAUGCCGAUUUUGCUCCAAAAAACAGUUGCCAGUUUGGAAAUGAGAUGCGAGUCAUUGGGGAACCCCGAACCAUCUGUAACAUGGACAAAGAACGGAAAAGAGUUACACUACAACAGCAGAAUAGGCCUAUUGCCCACCGGCUCACUGACUAUCCAGUCUCCAAGCAAGGUGGACGAGGGUCUGUACACCUGCACUGCCAGGAACCGUCUUGGAUCAACAUCCCUCUCGUCUUUGCUGCAUAUUACAGGUGGCAAAGGAAGAAACUGUGUCCAAGGUAACAGUAAGGGUGUGAGUGGCCCUCAUUGCCCUGAGAGGACAAACAGCAGCCAGUCAGCUGAGCUGUGCCAUGGACAAGACUGCCCCUUCAGGUGGCGAGCGGAUCCUUGGGCACCAUGCUCAGGCACUUGUGGAGGUGGAUCUCAGACCAGGAUUGUCCGCUGCAUGAAGGGUCCUGAGGGCAGGUCAAGAGAAGUAGAGAGCCAACACUGCCUUGGCACAGGGAGGAGACCCUCUGACACCAGGCUAUGCAACCUUCUGCCCUGUGCUAGAUGGGCCUCUACACACUGGGGGGCGUGUCAUGGUCAAUGUGUGGGUCCCAGUUUGGCUGCACAGCACCGCCAUGUUUACUGCCAAGACACAAACGGCACCAAAGUCCCCUACAGGAUGUGCAGUGGACUCCAAAGGCCCAGCUCCCUGAAGAACUGCUCUACAGAGGCCUGUGCCCUUCAUUGGCGUGUAGGGCCUUGGACACAGUGUACUGCCACCUGUGGACGACACGGUUUCCAGUCACGCCAGGUGACCUGCGCACACCGCCAAACUGGCAAGGCCAUGCGUGAACAUCACUGCAUGUGGAGGCCACGCCCGCCAAGCUGGCAGCGAUGCAAUAUUCUGUCCUGUGGCAGAGCAGCAGACUGCCGAGACAGCACAAGGUACUGUGAGAAGGUUCGUCAGCUGGAGCUCUGCCCGCUGCCUCAGUUUAAGAGCCGCUGCUGUCACUCCUGCCGGAACACUUGAGACGGGGAUGUGAGACGAGGGCCACGGACAACCUGUAUAGGUCAGGGAAGGUGUUCAGAAUGCCAACAGAGACUUAAACCCCUUUACCCCGCCCUAACACCCACAACUGUCUUCAGUGAACAGUCUUGGAUGGGGAUACUUGAGUGUGGAGGAAUGUUUGCACGGUCAUACCUCAUGUGGUUGUGAUCUACUUUCCUCUAAGAUGCUAUGGGUGGUUUGAAUUUAAAAGUAUUGUUUCGGAGAGAAGUGACAUAUCACUAAAUGAAGGCUUCGGUUUUACUUCUUUUCUUAAAAUCUGAAGUUCAUUUCAAUAGCUUUCUUAACUUAUACAAAAGUGACUGAUACAUUUCUGUUAUGAGUAAACUUGUGCUGAGCGCAUGGUUUCAUAUCUUAGGAGGAACUCCUUAAGAGGCAUUACGUCAGCAACUAACAAUCCACACAAAUGGUUUAGUUUUAGGGUUUUCCUUAAAACAAAAAACCCUUCCAUAUUCUACGAUAGCAGCAUUAUUCCACAUCAAAAGUAGGGCGUUAGACUGCUUAUUAUCAUGCAAUGUAACAGACAAUACACAAAAUAGGUCAUCAUAUCCAGGAGAUUUGAGUUUUUGAUAACCACUGGAUACUUGUGUGAUUUUAUUGCAAUUAUCUCCAAAACAGUGUUGUUAAACAGUGUAGAUACUAAAAGAGCUUUUAUUAAUGUGGUGUGGGUAAACUGAAAUACAGUAUAAUGCUGCAUAUAAAGGGGAAAUAGCUAACAUGACUGAAACCCUAAUAUUUGAUAAAUGGUAUACAUUUGGAAAAACCAGCCACCUGGAAAAUAGAUCAUGAACUGUGCUACCAUUUUGUUGACCGCAAUGAUUGGUCAAAUCAUUAAAAGAGGAGAGAAAUUAGGGCAGGAGAUGUUUUGACUGCAUUUUUGGCAGAAUAGAAAGUAGGACAAGAUGAUUUCAGUUGCAUGGGUUGCACUAAUGGAGGUGUAUGACUGAAGCAAAUAACGUUUUUUGGGAAAAAAGACACUUGUUUUGCACUCUGAACUCAUCCAAGUCUUUGUUAAAAACAUGGCUUGUAGAGUUUUUUUAAUCUAGUUUUGUUGUUAAAGUUACAUUGUAUUUUAUUUUGUGAUUUUUGUCAAACGUUUUGUCAAAAUGUCCCUUUAACCACUUUUGUGACAUUACAGUGCGUAAUGAAUUUUGAUUCAUUCUGUCCACCAAAUCCUAUUUUUGCUUUAGUGUGAAAUUUCAGAAAGAAUCUUACUGAGAUUUGAAAACCAUUUUUAUGUAAAUAUUUUGCCUUACAGCAUUUGGUGUUCGCUGUAAUAAUCCUCUCUUGCAGCUUUAGUAAAAAUGACCUUUGUUGUCAUUUGUAGUUGUGGGUCAAAACAUUUGGGAAGUUUUUAAAAACAUUAUUUAUGUACAGCACAGCGCCACAUAGGCAGGGUUUGCACUUUUGACAUUAUGUGCUAAGUUCCAUAACGCUUAGAAGACGUCUUCGAGUGCAACACAUACUUUAACAGCAGACUACUUGGCCUUUCAUUGAGGUGUGAUUAUUUGAUUUUAUGAGAGAAAAAACAUUAACAUAUUGUGUAUGCUCUUAAGUUAUGUAGAUAUUUGUUUUGUCUUCAAACUAUUUAUUUUCAUGUGUGUUCUUGUGCAUAGUUUUGUAAAUAAUUACUGGGGUGGGUUUUAAGUAUUAAUUUCCCUACAACUGAUGGUAUUUGAUGUGCAUGCAAUGGGGACCCUCUGCUGGUGACUA